CAGGAAGUAGGAAAAUUAUAACACAGGUCAAACUAAUGCAUUGAUGUGCAUUUCUUCAUGAGUGAAUUACAAAGUGACGAAGAAGAACCAAACGAGUCUACUCGACUAAUGGCUGGACAAGUAACACAUGCCAAAUUAGAGGAAAAUGGAGAUCUUUCUGUAGAAACACUUCCGAUCAAUCGUCAUGCCCAGGAGAGAGCGUCACGUGAACGUCAGCAGAGGAGCGAGUCAGAGGCGGCUGUUGAGGAAGAAGAGGAAACGUUACAAUAUGGGGCAAAACAUGUGAUCAUGUUGUUUGUACCUGUAACAUUGUGUAUGAUAGUUGUUGUGGCAACCAUCAGCUCUGUCUCAUUUUAUACACAGAAAAAUGGGGCAUAUCUUAUCUAUACACCAUUCCAUGAUGCAGAUAAACCAGAUGCAGAUACAGGCACUAAAGUAUGGCAGUCUGUUGCCAAUGCCAUGAUUUUACUGGGCGUUGUCAUAGUGAUGACUAUGAUACUACUACUCUUAUAUAAAUUCAGAUGUUAUAAGGUGAUACAUGGCUGGUUGAUCUUAUCAUCUCUCCUACUUCUAUUCUUGUUUGCAUAUCUCUACCUGGGAGUAAUACUGCAGGCGUAUAAUGUACCUAUGGACUACAUCAGUGUUGCUUUACUCAUGUGGAACUUUGGUGUGCUGGGAAUGAUGUGUAUACAUUGGAAGGGGCCACUACUCUUACAACAGGGAUAUCUUAUUACAAUUUGUGCACUUAUGUCCCUUGUUUUCAUCAAGUAUCUCCCAGACUGGACUCUCUGGGUUGUCCUAGGUGUCAUGGUGAUAUGGGAUUUAGUAGCAGUACUUUGCCCAAAUGGACCAUUAAGAAUGUUAGUGGAGACAGCACAAGAAAGAAGGGAGCCCAUAUUUCCAGCUCUUAUUUAUUCAUCAACAAUGAUGUGGCAGGUGACAGUACUUGGUGCUGACUCGGAUCAUCCUAAUGAUGAAGCUAAGAAAAAGAAGAAGAAGGUACAGAAGAGGAUCUCAGAGGAUAGUGAUGAAAGGAAAACAACUUUCUGCUAUAAUAAUCCUGUAUUUGAGAAUUCAAAUGCUACCAACAAUGAUGGUGGUUCAGAUAGUGAUGACGCUGGGUUUACCAACGCUAACAGAGUUCCCAGAACAAGGACCGGUAACAUGUCCGACGCUAGCAUAGACUCCACACAGGCAAGGUCAGCCCUAAAUGCUCUCAGUAACUGGGAUGGAACAAGACAAAGACGUGGGCAGGAAAACUCAGAAAACCAGACAAAUGGUCCAACAGAUAAUGAUGAAGAACAAGAAGAGAGAGGUAUAAAAUUGGGGCUUGGAGAUUUUAUAUUCUAUGGUGUACUUGUUGGUAAAGCAUCAUCAUAUGGUGACUGGAACACAACACUGGCUUGUUUUGUGGCUAUUCUUAUAGGUUUAUGUUUCACUUUAUUGCUACUAGCAAUCUUCAGGAAAGCUUUACCUGCGCUGCCUAUCUCAAUAACUUUUGGACUGGUUUUCAACUUUGCAACAAGUGAAUUAGUUAAACCAUUCAUGGACAGACUGGCUAGUGAACAAGUCUAUAUUUGAUGUCAAAGCUGUGAUAUGAGGAACUGAUUGUUUUCUUGUAAUGCUUAAAGUUAAAGAUUAAAAUAACAUAUAAUUAUGUUUGAAUUUAAGAUGAUUAAUAUGGCAAGUUAAGUAAGUUAUGAAAGUUCUGUUACAAAAUGUGUGUACUUUUAAAAUAAGAUGUGUAAAUAAAACAUUGGAAAAAUACAUUUACUUGUGAUAUGUGAGCAUUGUGUAAAAUGUCUUAAUCAUUAUCCUUAAAAUAUUCUUGCCUAAAAUUCAUUUUUCAUGCUAUUACUGACCAAAAUUAUGAGGAACAAAUUUUGAAUAUGGUUCAUACAAUUUAUUUUAAUACAUCAGUCUUGUAAAGAUUGACUUGAAAAGGGAACUGAAAGAUAAUAAUUUAUUUUGGACUAACUGUUCUUUAGUUUUGUCAGUGCUUACUGUAAUAAAUAUUGUUUUAUUUUAACAUGUCAUUUGUCACGGAAAUACAAUUAAAUACAUGAAUGAAUAAAUAAAAUUCCGAGCCUUGAAUAAUUGAUAUUUUCAGACAAAAGUUUUGUUUUUAAUAUGAAAAUGUACAAUUCUGGCUUUGUAUACUCUUAACAUAUGUGUAUGUUUUCUAUGUCAAUAUGUGUUAAGUUAUCAGUGCUUUUGUCUAAAUUAAACUUUUUUUUUAUAAAA